ACCACCGGACCACCUCCGUCAAGGCCCACAGAAGAAGCGAAACGGAUAGAGGGAAAAAAAGGAGGAGGAAAAAAUACUAGUAGCGGGCGACGCGGCCGCGAGGCAGGCAGGUAGACCACGCCGCACGCCAGCCAGCGGCCAGCGCUCGCCCCGCCGCGCUCCGGCAUUUCCCAUUCUCCCUUCCUCCCUGCCGCCGCUCCCCCGUCCUUCCCGCCGCGGACUCGCUACCCCGCCUCUCGUCUCGCGCACUAAGGAGCCAGGUGCCGGUUGCCGGCUCGACCUCUCCCUCAUCCUCGCGGGGGCUGCUGCUGCUGCCGCGAGCAUGGCCACAGGCGCCAUCACGCCGCCGCCGGUGGCCGGCGCGCGGCGCGUCCCCCGUGGACGGGGAUUCCUCCACCGGCGCCUCGCCGCAUCGCCUAUGAAAGAUGAAUCCAUGAUGAUUUCCACAGAUGGUAGAAAUGAGGAGACAGACACUGACAGCCUCAAUGUUGCCAGAGGAUUGUCUCACCCUGGGCUUUCCUCAAGUUUAUCCAAUAAGGCAUCAGUGGCCCCAACCCCUUUGCUUCCUUCUGGACCAUCUGAUCUCCGGUUCAAUCGUCUUCGACCCUCAAUUGAUGAAAGUGAUUGCAAAUACAAAAGAUUAUUUGGCUGCUAUGUUGCUCGUGAGGCUGUAAUUGAUGAGGAAUAUUGGAUUGCUGCAUGGUUGAGAGCGGAAGAUCACUAUGAAAAUGAGUCAGGCAAUCGCUAUGUUGAAAGCUUUAAAAGAAAGUUUGCAUCAAAGGAAUUCCAUGCAUUAAAGAAGAGAUGCAGCAAACAGCACGGAGAAAAGUAUAUCUGUUUUGUCGCAGUAAAGAAUGAUGACCUCAGGCGAACCGUCCUGAAUAGUGUUGUUGGUACCUUAGAUGUAUGUGUAAGACAUCCUCUACAUGGUGAGAAAUUUCCUGAGGAGCCUGGAAAGUCGUCACUUCACUGUCGAAUUUAUCAGCCUGAUCAGCCAAAAUUUGGGUACGUAACAAAUGUAUGUGUUGCUAAAUAUGCGAGGCGUCAAGGGAUUGCCAGCAACAUGCUGUUAUUGGCCAUAGAUGCUGCAAGACUCAACGGUGCUGAAAAUAUUUACAUUCAUGUGCAUAAAGACAACUUACCAGCAUGGAGGCUCUAUGAUCAGAUAGGAUUCAAGAUGGUUGACCAGGAUGGCGGCUCUUGUCGUUCAUCAGAUCUGUGCUUACUCUCCUUCAGUUCAUAGGGCUUGCUGACUAGAUAGGAAUGGAAGGGAGUAGUUCCAUCUCCCUGUGCAAGGAAAUGCCAUCAGUCCUCGCGAUUUGGAAAGGCGGGAUGGUAUGUGCCAAGGAAUACCUUCACCACCUUGUACAUGACCAAAGUGAUUUCAAAUGUUUGUGACUUUCGAUAUUGUCACUAAAUCGGUGACAGUUCUGAAUUCUGAUGCCUCAGAACGUUGAGGUAUCUGAAUACUUCAAAAGCUUCUGUCAUGUAUAGUUUGCGCAGCCAGCAAAGUGCAAAUGUUUCUUUUUUCCCAUAUGAUUUUGCAAUGAAAAAAUGAAAAUACAUGAUCUUGGUACCUGA